GGGGCACAGAACAGCAAAGGGUCACACAGAGAAGGAACUGUCUCCAGUGACAUCAGAAGGGGUUGUAUCAUCACCUGCUACAAGCAGAGACACUCUCUCUUUAAAGGGGAAAUAAAGAGAGAACAGUACCACCAUGGGGGACGCCGAGAUGGAGUGCUUUGGGGCUGCGGCCAUCUACCUCCGGAAACCGGAGAGGGAACGCAUUGAGGCCCAGAACAGGCCCUUUGAUGCCAAGACUGCCUACUUUGUCACUGAGAAGGAUGAGAUGUACCUAAAAGGCGUGCUGGAGAAGAGAGACGGUGGCAAAGUCACUGUCAAAACUCUGUGUAACAAAGUUCUCACUGUCAAAGAGGAUGAGAUCUUCCCCAUGAAUCCCCCUAAGUAUGACAAAAUUGAGGACAUGGCCAUGAUGACCCACCUCAAUGAGCCAACUGUGCUGUACAACCUCAAAGAGCGUUAUGCAGCAUGGAUGAUCUAUACGUACUCUGGGCUGUUCUGCGUCACUGUGAACCCCUACAAGUGGCUUCCAGUGUACGACGCUUCAGUUGUCGCAGCAUACAGAGGCAAGAAGAGGAUUGAGGCUCCACCCCACAUCUUCUCCAUCUCUGAUAACGCCUAUCAGUUCAUGCUCCAAGAUCGUGAAAAUCAGUCUAUCCUUAUCACUGGAGAAUCCGGUGCAGGGAAGACUGUCAACACUAAACGAGUCAUCCAGUACUUUGCAACAAUUGCAGUGGCUGGAGGGGAAAAGAAGAAAGAGAGCAAAAUGCAGGGGUCACUGGAGGAUCAGAUCAUUGCAGCCAACCCCCUACUGGAGGCCUAUGGUAAUGCCAAGACCGUGAGGAAUGACAACUCCUCUCGUUUCGGUAAAUUCAUCAGAAUCCAUUUCGGGACAACUGGAAAACUGGCUUCUGCUGAUAUUGAGACUUAUCUGCUGGAGAAAUCAAGAGUGACAUUCCAGCUGUCUGCUGAGAGGAGCUACCAUAUCUUCUACCAGCUUUGCACUGGACACAAGGCAGAAUUGCUUGAGGCACUUCUCAUCACCACCAACCCCUUUGACUUCCCUAUGAUCAGCCAAGGUGAAAUCACCGUCAAGAGCAUCAAUGAUGUUGAAGAACUAAUUGCCACUGAUACUGCCAUCGACAUCUUGGGCUUCACCGCUGAGGAAAAACUGGGCAUCUACAAACUCACCGGUGCUGUGAUGCACCAUGGCAACAUGAAGUUCAAGCAGAAACAGAGAGAGGAGCAAGCUGAACCUGAUGGCACUGAGGUGGCUGAUAAAAUCGCCUACCUCAUGGGCCUGAACUCUGCUGACAUGCUGAAGGCUCUGUGCUACCCAAGAGUGAAGGUCGGAAAUGAGUUUGUGACCAAAGGCCAAACUGUUCCUCAGGUCAACAAUUCUGUGAUGGCUUUGAGUAAGUCAGUCUAUGAGAAGAUGUUCUUGUGGAUGGUCAUCCGUAUCAAUGAAAUGUUGGACACCAAACAACCAAGACAAUUCUUCAUUGGAGUGCUGGAUAUUGCUGGAUUUGAGAUCUUUGAUUUCAACAGCUUGGAGCAGUUGUGCAUCAACUUCACCAACGAAAAACUGCAACAGUUUUUCAAUCACCACAUGUUUGUGUUGGAGCAAGAAGAGUACAAGAAAGAAGGAAUCGAUUGGGAUUUUAUUGACUUUGGAAUGGAUCUGGCUGCUUGCAUUGAGCUUAUUGAGAAGCCAAUGGGCAUCUUCUCCAUCCUUGAAGAGGAGUGCAUGUUCCCCAAGGCCUCAGACACUACCUUCAAGAACAAGUUGUAUGAUCAGCAUCUUGGUAAAAACAAGUGCUUUGAGAAACCCAAACCAGCAAAGGGUAAAGCAGAGGCCCACUUCUCCCUUGUGCACUAUGCUGGCACUGUGGACUAUAACAUCGGUGGCUGGCUGGACAAGAACAAGGAUCCAUUGAAUGACUCCGUUGUGCAGCUGUACCAGAAGUCAUCAGUGAAGCUGCUGGCUUACUUGUAUGCGUCACACGCCGCUGCUGAUGGUGACGGUGGUGGAAAGAAAGCUGGCAAGAAGAAGGGUGGAUCCUUCCAGACGGUGUCCGCUUUAUUUAGGGAGAACCUGGGAAAGCUGAUGACCAACUUGAGGAGCACUCAUCCUCAUUUUGUGCGCUGUUUGAUCCCCAACGAGUCAAAGACUCCAGGUCUCAUGGAAAACUUCCUGGUCAUCCACCAGCUGAGAUGUAACGGUGUGUUGGAGGGUAUCAGAAUCUGCAGAAAGGGCUUCCCCAGCAGAGUCCUUUAUGGUGACUUCAAGCAGCGAUACAAAGUGUUGAAUGCCAGUGUCAUCCCAGAUGGCCAGUUCAUUGACAACAAGAAAGCUUCUGAGAAGCUGUUGGGUUCCAUUGAUGUGGACCAAUCACAGUACAAGUUUGGACACACUAAGGUGUUCUUCAAAGCUGGUCUGCUGGGGACCCUUGAGGAGAUGAGAGACGAGAAGUUGGCAAUCCUGGUCACAAUGACUCAGGCUCUUUGCCGUGGCUAUGUGAUGAGGAAGGAGUUUGUCAAGAUGAUGCAAAGGAGAGAGGCCAUCUACAGCAUUCAGUACAACAUCCGCUCAUUCAUGAACGUGAAACACUGGCCAUGGAUGAAGCUGUACUUCAAGGUCAAGCCACUUCUGAAGAGCGCUGAAACUGAGAAGGAAAUGGCAGCAAUGAAAGAGAGCUUUGAGAAGAUGAAAGUGGACCUUGAAAAGGCCUUGGCCAAGAAGAAAGAACUUGAGGAAAAGAUGGUCUCCCUACUGCAAGAGAAAAAUGAUCUGCAGUUAGCAGUGGCAUCUGAGUCAGAGAGUCUUUCAGAUGCUGAGGAGAGAUGUGAGGGUCUCAUUAAGAGCAAAAUCCAGAUGGAGGGCAAACUCAAAGAGGCCGUCGAGAGGCUGGAGGAUGAGGAGGAGAUCAAUGCUGAGCUCACUGCUAAGAAGAGGAAACUGGAGGAUGAGUGCGCUGAGCUGAAGAAGGACAUUGAUGACAUGGAGCUCACUCUGGCCAAAGUGGAGAAGGAGAAGCAUGCCACAGAAAACAAGGUUAAAAACCUUAUUGAGGAAAUGGCAUCUCAAGACGAAACCGUGGCUAAAUUAUCCAAGGAGAAGAAAGCCCUCCAAGAGGCACACCAGCAACUUCUGGAUGAUCUCCAAGCAGAGGAAGACAAAGUCAAUACUCUGAGCAAAGCAAAGUGCAAACUUGAACAACAAGUGGAUGAUCUGGAAGGAUCAUUGGAGCAAGAGAAGAAGAUCCGCAUGGAUCUUGAAAGAGCCAAGAGGAAGCUUGAAGGUGACCUGAAACUGGCCCAGGAAUCCAUAAUGGAUCUGGAGAAUGACAAACAACAGAUAGAUGAAAAGCUUAAGAAGAAAGACUUCGAAACAAGUCAACUUCUUGGGAAGAUAGAGGAUGAACAGUCCUUAGGCGCUCAGCUGCAAAAGAAGAUCAAGGAACUCCAGGCACGCAUUGAGGAACUAGAGGAAGAAAUUGAGGCUGAGCGUACUGCUCGGGCCAAGGUUGAGAAGCAGAGAUCUGAUCUCUCCAGGGAACUUGAGGAGAUCAGUGAGAGGCUUGAGGAGGCUGGUGGGGCCACUUCUGUUCAGAUUGAGAUGAACAAGAAGCGUGAGGCGGAGUUCCAGAAGCUGCGACGUGAUCUUGAAGAAUCCACCCUGCAGCAUGAAGCUACGUCUGCUGCUCUUCGCAAGAAGCAGGCUGACAGUGUGGCUGAACUGGGAGAACAGAUUGACAACCUGCAGCGUGUCAAACAGAAGCUGGAAAAGGAGAAGAGUGAAUAUAAGAUGGAGAUCGAUGACUUAGCCGGCAACAUGGAGUCCAUUGCCAAAUCCAAGGCAAAUCUUGAAAAGAUGUGCCGGACUUUGGAGGACCAGCUCAGUGAACUCAAAACUAAAAAUGAUGAGCAUGUUCGCCACUUGACUGACUUCAGUGCUCAAAAAGCCAGGCUUCAAACUGAAAAUGGUGAAAUUGGACGACAACUUGAGGAGAAGGAAGCUCUUGUCUCUCAGCUGACCAGAACCAAAGUAGCUUUCACCCAACAGCUUGAGGAGCUGAAGAGACAACUUGAGGAGGAGGCCAAGGCCAAGAACGCCCUGGCUCAUGCUGUUCAAUCAGCUCGCCAUGACUGCGACCUGCUCAGAGAGCAGUUUGAGGAGGAGCAGGAGGCCAAGGCUGAGCUGCAGCGUGGAAUGUCCAAGGCCAACAGUGAGGUGGCUACGUGGAGGGCCAAAUAUGAGACUGACGCCAUCCAUCGCACUGAGGAACUGGAGGAGGCCAAGAAAAAACUUGCUCAGCGUCUUCAAGAUGCUGAGGAGUGCAUUGAGGCUGUCAAUGCCAAGUGUUCCUCUCUGGAGAAGACCAAACAGAGGCUCCAGGGUGAAGUAGAGGAUCUCAUGAUUGAUGUGGAGAGAGCAAAUGCACAGGCUGCAAACCUUGACAAGAAGCAGAGAAACUUUGACAAGGUCCUGGCAGAAUGGAAGCAGAAGUUUGAGGAGGGGCAGGCUGAGCUGGAGGGUGCCCUGAAAGAGGCUCGCUCUCUCAGCACUGAGCUCUUCAAGAUGAAGAACUCAUAUGAAGAGGCUCUGGAUCAGCUGGAGACUCUGAAGAGGGAGAAUAAGAACCUUCAACAGGAAAUAUCAGACUUGUCUGAGCAACUUGGUGAGACGGGGAAAACAAUUCAUGAGUUGGAAAAAGGAAAGAAAUCAGUGGAGUCUGAAAAAGUUGAAAUUCAAACAGCCCUUGAGGAGGCAGAGGCCACUCUUGAGCAUGAGGAGUCUAAGAUUCUCCGUGUUCAGUUGGAGCUCACUCAGGUCAAGAGUGAAAUUGACCGCAAAAUAGCAGAAAAGGAUGAGGAAAUAGAACAAAUCAAGAGGAACAGCCAGAGAGUGAUUGAAACCAUGCAGAGCACCCUGGACUCUGAAAUCAGGAGCAGAAAUGAUGCCAUGAGAAUCAAGAAGAAGAUGGAGGGAGACCUCAAUGAGAUGGAAGUUCAGCUCAGUCAUGCCAACCGCCAGGCAGCUGAAGCUCAGAGGCAGCUCAGGAAUAUCCAAGGACAACUGAAGGAUGCUCAACUGCACCUUGACGAAGCCCUGAGAGCACAGGAUGACAUGAAGGAACAAGUUACCAUGGUGGAGCGCAGGAACGCUCUCAUGCUGGCUGAGAUUGAGGAGCUGAGAGCUGCUCUGGAGCAGACCGAGAGAGGCCGCAAAAUGGCUGAGCAGGAACUGGUGGAUGCCAGUGAACGUGUUGGGCUGCUGCACUCUCAAAACACUAGUCUUCUCAAUACCAAGAAAAAGCUGGAAUCUGACUUAAAUCAAAUUCAAGGGGAGAUGGAAGACACAGUUCAAGAAGCAAGGAAUGCAGAGGAAAAAGCGAAGAAAGCCAUCACCGAUGCUGCCAUGAUGGCUGAGGAGCUGAAGAAAGAACAGGACACUAGUUCUCACCUGGAAAGGAUGAAGAAGAACCUGGAGGUCACUGUGAAGGACCUGCAGCAUCGCCUGGAUGAGGCUGAGAACCUGGCCAUGAAGGGUGGAAAGAAACAGAUUCAGAAACUAGAAGCCAGGGUGCGCGAGCUUGAAGGUGAGGUCGAGGGUGAACAGAGGCGUGCAGCAGAGGCUGUGAAAGGAAUCCGCAAAUAUGAGAGGAGAGUCAAGGAGCUCACAUAUCAGACCGAGGAAGACAAGAAGAAUACAACAAGGCUUCAGGACCUGGUGGACAAACUCCAGCUGAAAGUGAAAGCCUACAAGAGACAGGCCGAGGAGGCGGAGGAGCAGACCAACAUUAACAUCACCAGAUCCAGGAAGGUGCAGCAUGAGCUUGAGGAGGCUCAGGAGCGUGCUGACAUUGCUGAGUCCCAGGUCAACAAGCUGAGGGCUAAGAGCCGUGAGUUUGGCAGGGGCAAGGAUGCAGAAUAAAGGCAGGACCCAAAGACUGAAGCAUACACCUGAACAAGCACUCAUAUAAUAUGAUGUACCUGUGAGGGGCCCAUCCAUAUAGCGUGUUCUCGAAAAUAAAAUGAAGUA